GUCAUUUUCUCGUCAUGCGUAGUGAAGCGUUCUCCAGACUUAAUUCAUUUUCAUUCCGUUCCCGGUUUUUCAUUCCGUAAUUCGUUCCAACUUCCAAGUGCGUAUCGUGGUGUGUUGAAAAAGGCGCGAUGCCUUUUGUCAAAAAAGGGAAAAAAGUUUCGUGUUGUUGUUUUGACUGAAGGUUUUCGCUCGUGAGUGCUCGUGAGUUGAAAACACGCGAACGGUGUUUAUAUAGGUUCUAGUGAAAUUGGCGCGUCGUGUUGUUCGCCAGAGUUCGCGUCAUGAAUGAGUGACGUAACCUAAAAAAACAAUUUAUCACGUAGAUUUCUAAGCUUCUGCAUCCAGAGUUGGACAUGAUAACGACGUGGGUGUGAGGUCAGAAAAUAAACAGGAAGCUGAUUUUUUCGGUGAUUGCCUUAAAUGAUCGGUGAGAGAUCGCUGCAAAAUAGCAAUAAUAGUUGAAAUAAUAAUAAAGAAGCGAGGUUGUAGGCUUGCUACCGCUUUUUUGUCACCACAAGUGCCAAGUUUUGUUGGUGGAUUUUGAUAUUCACAAUAUUGACAUUUCGUGUUUCCCAGCAUUUGCGGGAUUUUUGCUCGGAACGGUGAAAAAGGUGAAUAAAAAUGGCUUUGGAUCAGGAGAACGGUGACUACCUGGGGUCUUAUCAACGAUUUUUUGAAGAUUUCAUCACAAAUUUGAAUCCACUCGAUCAACUUCCAAUAAAAAUCAGCGGAUACGAUUGCACCGAGGGCGAAAUUGUGGGUGAGAUCAUUGAUAUGACACUUCAGUACCUCAAUCAAAAAUUCUGUCCUCCGAGUUUACAGGCUCACAUGGUACGGUUAGUGAUAGAAGAAAUAAAGGCAAUGUGUCGGAAGCAACCGGAAGAUUGUGGCCUAAAACCUCAUGAAAAUACAUACGGUCCUCUAAAACUUAUGCAAGCAGUUACAAGCAAAGUGAACGAAAUUUGCUUUCGAUAUUUAGAUAAUAGUCGCUUGGCCUUAUUGCCACCACCGCCUUCUACUCCGCUGCCUUUGGCUACAUGUUAUGCCAUCAAAAACAUAAGAAGAAAAAUGGAAGAUCGUUCGGUUGUUUUACACGACUUAAAUACAAUGUUCAGUAUUAAGGAUGAUUCCCUCGUAAAUUAUUAUGCAGUAUUCGAUGGACAUGGAGGACAGGAUGCAGCAGUGUAUUGUGCUGCUCAUCUUCAUCAGUAUUUAGUGGAAAGCAUUCAUUAUCCUACGAAUCCAGUUCUUGCCUUACGAGAUGCUUUCCAAACCACUGACGCCCGCUUUAUUGAAAAGGAACUGAAUAGCGGAAGUACCGCUGUUGUUGCUUUAUUAGUGAACAAAACUUUGUACAUAGCGUGGGCUGGAGAUUCACAAGCCGCUUUAGUGAAAAAUGGUAGUUAUAGACAACUCGUCAAUCCACAUAAACCCGAGAGAGUAGUGAGUAUUUAUUUACUUUAA